UGCAAUAUGACGAUGUGAAAGGCAGAUUGAAGGAGAGACAUAAGAAAUGACUGGGAAUUGGUCAGAUCUGCCUGGUGACCUGCUUUCGCAAAUUGCGAAUGGUCUAGGGCUUAUUGAUUUUCUCAGUUUUCGUUGUGUUUGCAAAGAUUGGAACACUGCUUCUUUAAAAGUAUCACCGUAUGAUAGAUCUGUUUUGUGUGAUCCAUGGUUUCUAAUGUAUGGAGGAGAAGGUUCUAAGUGUUCUGUGCUAAGCCAUCAGAACAAAUGCUACUCCAUCAACCUUCCAGAACUUGAUGGUGCAAGGUGCCUUGCCUCUUAUGAAGGAUGGUUGCUUCUGUUUGGGGAGGGUUCAUUGUUCUUUUUCUGCCCCUUCUCAAGAGCAAAAAUAGAGCUUCCAAAUUGUCCUUUAACCGACGCAUCUGAGCAUGUUGCAGCAUUCUCAGCACCUCCCACUUCUGAAGAUUGCAUUGUUUUUACUGUCAAAGAUUUCGAUCCAGAUCAUAUUAAUUAUUGUUCAAUCAUUUCGUAUCAAAUUGGUUGGAAUUUUCCUUCAAAUGAAAAAUUGUAA